CUCCAGCGGGUUCCUUCGAUCGUUCGAUGUGGCUUCCAGGGUCCUGAACCAAUUCUCAUACUUCCGAUGUAUCGCCGUUAUAUCCAAGAAAAGGGGAUGAGUGGAGGGCACAACGAGUCGAGCGAAAAACCUACUUAUAGAUCUCUUUGCAUCCCUCUCCAUGGCUGGUCUUUUCUUCCCUCAUCACGCUCUCAGUCUCUCUUUCUUCACUUUCCUUUCCCAGCUUCUCUCUAGUCCUUCCUUAUUUGUACCCGGUUGAUCCAGGUUUCAUUCCUUCGUUUUCACCAUGCAUUUCCUCCAGAACGCUUUCGUGGCCGCCACUAUGGGCGCUGCGCUGGCCGCCGCUGCUCCUCUUGAGAAGCGCUCCUGCACUUUCACCUCCGCCUCUGCUGCCAAGUCUGGCAAGUCCUCUUGCUCCACCAUCACCCUCGACAACAUCGCGGUCCCCGCCGGUGAGACUCUUGACUUGACUGGCCUCAAGAAGGGUACUACCGUCAUCUUCGAGGGUGAAACCACCUUCGGCUACAAGGAAUGGAAGGGUCCCCUGAUCUCCAUGUCCGGUACCGACAUCACCGUCAAGCAGGCCUCCGGUGCCAAGAUCAACUGCGACGGUGCUCGCUGGUGGGACGGCAAGGGUAGCAACGGUGGCAAGACCAAGCCCAAGUUCUUCAAGGCCCACAAGCUCGACGAGUCCACCAUCACCGGCCUGAAGAUCUACAACACCCCUGUCCAGGGCUUCAGCAUUCUGGCCGACCACCUGACCAUCACCGACGUGACCAUCGACAACUCCGCCGGUACGAGCAAGGGCCACAACACCGAUGCCUUUGACAUUGGUCAGAGUACCUACAUCACCAUCGACGGUGCCACCGUCUACAACCAGGAUGACUGCCUGGCCAUCAACUCGGGUGAGCACAUCACUUUCACCAACGGCUACUGUGACGGUGGCCACGGUCUUUCCAUUGGUUCCAUCGGUGGCCGCAGCGACAACACCGUCAGCGACGUGACCAUCUCCAACUCCAAGGUGCUCAACUCCCAGAACGGUGUCCGUAUCAAGACCAUCUACGGCAAGACCGGCACUGUCGAGAACGUCAAGUUCGAGGACAUCACCCUGUCCGACAUCAGCAAGUACGGUAUCGUCGUUGAGCAGGACUACGAGAACGGCAGCCCCACCGGCAAGCCCACAAACGGUGUCAAGGUUGAGGACAUCACUUUCAAGAAGGUGACCGGCAGUGUCAAGAGCUCUGGUACUGACAUCUACAUCCUGUGCGGUUCCGGCAGCUGCUCGAACUGGACCUGGAGCGGUGUUGAUGUGACUGGCGGCAAGAAGAGCAGCAAGUGCAAGAACGUCCCCUCGGGCGCUUCCUGCAGCGACUAAGCGGUCUCUUGAUAGCUAACUAUGUCGAGGUGUUGGGCCUUAUCUAGUAAUGAGGCUGCGUGAGGGUUUCCCGUUCUGGACUCUGGCAGAAUGCUGGAAGCAUUUGUAUUAGCUUUUAAUUUUUAGAGUAUCAUUGGAG